AUGGCCACGACCGUGUUGUCCUCGCCAACAACCAUCUCUGCACACGCAUCGUCACCAUCGCGCAUCGAUGAACCAUACGCAAGCCGCCCGUUGGAGGCCGCGGCCGACGGCAUUCGCCUCGUCACCAUCGACCCGGAGCUGACGCCCGACGGGCUCCUCUCAUGCCAGCUGCAGACCACAACCUUUGCGCGCCGCCCGCGGUACGAAACGCUCUCGUACCGCUGGGGCGAUGAGUCUUGCCGGCGCAGCAUCGUCGUCGACGGCGCGGAACUGUACGUGACGGCCAACCUGUUCGAGGCGCUGCAGUACUUCCGCACCCACGCGCGCCGGGCGGCCCUCUGGAUCGACGCCAUCUGCAUCAACCAGAGAGACACCCCCGAGCGCAGCAGCCAGCUGCGCAUCAUGCCGCACAUCUACGCGCGCGCAGAGUCGACGCUCGUGUGGCUGGGCGGCCGAUACAUUAACCUGCCCAUCGACCUGGGGCCCGACUCGCCGGGCGCCGAGCCCAACGCCGACAUCAGAGACAGGGUCAUGGCCGACGCCUACUGGCAGCGCGUGUGGAUAUUGCAGGAGAUUGGCAAGGCACGACGGAUUCACCUCUGCUUCGGCCGCGAGCCCGCCGAGUGGGACGCCUUCAUCUCGUGGAUCCGGCAGCACAACGGGGCCGACCAAGACGACGGUGUAGGUCCCCUGCGUCUGGACCGGCUCCGAAGGCACAAGUACGACGGCAGCUGCUCGCUGCGCCAGCUCCUCGAAAACCACGCCUCGGCCUUGUCCAAGGACCCCCGGGACAAGAUCUACGGGCUCGUCGGGCUGUCCACCGACGGCCGCGGGUUCCCCAUGGACUACAGCAAGACGCUGCUCGAGGUGUGGUGCGACACGAUGCACUUCAUGAGCCGCCACGAGCUGCUGCCGUCCGACUGCGACGCGCGCGUCCGCUUCUGCCGCCUCGUGCGCGACCUCCUGGGCGGCGAGGCGGCGCUGGGCUCCGUCGGCGGCGUCGGCGCCUGGGCUCACGAGACGGCCACCCCCGACGAGCCCCGGCUGGCCAUGCUCAAGAUGUCCGCGGCGCCGUGGGGCCAGACGCCUUGCAAGCUGGCGUUUGUGCCGCCCGACACGCGGCAGGGCGACCUCGUCUGCCGCGUCGACGGCCACCCCAUGAAGAGGGUCGUCGUGCGCCCGGCCCCCGAGGACCACUCCAACGACGUGAGGAUGCACAUUUGCGGCACCGCCCUGACUGUCAGGGACGUCCUGGCCGACGGGGGCUUCGACGACGGCAGUGUUCACAUGUCGUACAAGCUGGACUUGAUGAUGGACGCAAGGACCCUGUACGCCUUGAUUUUCGGGAACCAUGAUGAGCGGCUGGAGACACUGCUGGAGACACUGCAAGUGAAGUAG